AUGAAGUUUCAACCAUCUCUUGUCUUGUUCGCUGCCGCGGCAUUUUGCAAUGCGAAGGUCUUCGACAGACAAGCACUGUCAUACGCUCCAAUCCCAGAUGACAUCUACCAGCCUCCGGCCGAUUCUUCAGAAACCACGUUGCUUGAUUUGAUCAAGUCCCGAGACGACUUGUCUGAAUUGCUGAAACUUGUCGAAGAGACUCCAGGUUUCGCUCAAGCGUUCAGUACAAGCGCUGACUGGCAAUACACGUUUAUCGCACCGUCCAACGAAGCGUUCAAUAAUACAGGUGAAUAUUACAAGAGCUUUGCCAGUACGCCUAAGGGACGCUGGUGGUCUGGACAGAUGCUUCAACAUCACUACAUUCCAAACUCGCGUCUAUACACCGGCAACUUCACUACGCAAAAGACUCGAAUUCAACUUGGGUCCUACCUCUAUGCAUCUGCUCAGAUAAAAGACGGAGAUCUUGUACUCAACAAUGUGGCUACUAUUGUCGAAGCCAAUAUCCCUGUAACCAGUGGUAUUGUACACAUCAGUGAUCGCAUUCUAGCGCCCGACGCCAUGAUCUACGAGGCUGACAUUGGAACAACUAAGCAAGGCUUUAUCCCUGGUUCUUGUUCUAACCCGAAUCUACCUUAUUGCUGA